AUGGCAGCUCUCGACUUACUUCUGUCGCUGGCUAUACCGGCCUUAAUAAUCAUACACCUCUUGGUAGCCCCACAUACCAAAGUUGAAGAGUCUUUCAACAUCCAGGCAACUCACGAUAUUUUAGUGUAUGGAACGCCCACUAAGGAUAUAUAUCAACGGCUCUCAUCUCAGUAUGACCACUUUGACUUCCCUGGUGCUGUCCCUCGCACCUUUAUUGGUCCAGUUCUACUAGCGGGGAUCGGUCAGCCUAUCAUCGCGCUGGUAGGCUUCCAAUAUGCACAACUUGUCGUGAGAGGUAUUCUGGGGCUCUUCAAUGCUGGAGCGCUGUGGGUGUUCAAGUCGAAGGUGGAAAAGGCGUAUGGAAGGUCGACUGCGAGGUGGUAUGCGUUAUUGCAACUUAGCCAAUUUCAUAUCUUGUUCUACUCUUCUAGGACGCUACCUAAUAUGUUCGCUUUCGGCUUGACGACGUUGGCCUUUUCUCAACUGAUAGGAGACCCAUCUCAAAAUAUACAGGCUUGGAGAUACAAAUUGGCUAUUGCAUAUCUCACCAUAGCUACCGCCGUAUUCAGGUCCGAAUUGGCAAUUCUCAUGGUGACCGUCACCCUCUAUGGUCUAGCUCUCUCGCAUAUCUCCUUAGUAAAAAUCAUCCCUGCCUUCAUCGUUUUCUUUGCCAUGUCGUUGUUACUCACGAUACCGAUCGACUCUUACUUCUGGCAGAAGCCGUUGUGGCCGGAACUAUGGGGGUUUUAUUAUAACGCCGUUCUUGGUUCUUCCUCUGAAUGGGGCGUUUCCCCUUGGCACUACUAUUUCACAUCUGCCUUACCUAAGAUCCUCACGAACCCGUUGAGCUCGACCGUUCUCAUUCCCUAUGCUCUUUGGAACGCUGGGACGAGAAAACAGGCUCAAUCGCUAGUGAUCCCUAGCCUUUUGUUUGUGGCGAUGUACUCUCUUCAGCCGCACAAGGAAGCUCGUUUCAUAUUCUAUGUUGCACCACCGUUGACAGCAGCAGCGGCUUUAGGGGCAAAUUAUAUCUUUACAAGACAUAAUAAGUCUAUCGUCUUCUUACUUACUUCUAUUGCAAUAGUUGGCUCGGUACUUGUUUCAUUCGGCCUCAGUACCGCUAUGCUUAUUAUAUCUUCUCUCAAUUAUCCCGGUGGCGAAGCGCUAUCGGAACUUCGUGGUCUCGUUACCUCGUCUUCCUCGUCUGAUCUUCAAACUAUCAUGGUUCAUACGGACGUACUGUCGUGUAUGACAGGAGUAACACUCUUUGGGCAACAUCCUUACCCCCCUAAUGAUCGGCACCCGGCAAAUGGAUUGACGUUUAACUACGAUAAGACGGAAGAUGAAAGCACUUUACGGAGCCCGGCAUUCUGGGAAAAGUUCGACUACGUGCUCGCCGAAGAUCCGGCUUCGGCUAUCGGCCCUUGGGAGAUAGUUGGUGUGGUGGAAGGUUUUGCCGGAGUUGAACUAAUCAAACCGAGUGCACACUCCGGUAGCGAUAUUGAGAAUGGCCAAGAUAGAGUAUUCGGCAGAGGAGUUUUCGUAAGAAGAGUGAAGAAUUUCGUUAGAGCAUUAACUGGCGGUUGGUGGAUUGGUCCGAGGAUGGAGCCGAAAAUACACAUACUCAGAAAAAUGCGCGAGGGUGAGGCUAGACGAGCUGUAACGGAGUAG